GAGACGAACAUCAUCACAACCAAAAAAGUCUUUCACCGUACCUAAAAGAAAAAAGAGGAAAAAGCUAUCAAAAUUACUAGGAAAAAGCCAUGGAUUCCAUCGGUGGAUUUCACGAGGUGCAAAACGAUGAUAGGCUAUUUCAGCUGGUAUAUUAUCACCCAAAAUACCAACCCAUACCAAAAACAAAAAAACCAACCUUGUUCAAUAAAGCAGCAAGCUGCGACCACCCUUCUCAUCAACCCCUUUUCUUAUGUCCUCUUCUACGAAUAUCAAAAGAUAACUCCGAUUCUCACACUUAUAAAGUUAGUUAUUCCCCGGAAUACGUUGGCUCUACAACAAGAAGUGAUAAGUCUUAUGAAGAUCCACUACUCCCUCUGUUUUGGUGCAACAAUAAAGAAUUUGAUGUCGAUGGUGGGUGUGACAUAUGCAGCGGCUCAAAGUUUGGCACAGACUAUUAUUUCUGUGUCAAAUGUGAUAAAGUUUUCCACAAAGAAUGUGUCCAAUCUCCAUUUAAAAUCAAGCACACUUACCAUUCUGAGCAUUUUCUCCAACUUUUCUGCCGUCUUCCAAGUGCUCCUGAUAUAAAGUGUUUAUGUUGUCGAAGAAUAGCAACAUACCUGGUAUAUUAUUGUAUCAUAUGUGAUGUUGUUAUGCAUACAGUCUGUGCCAUGAAGUUGAUACCUUUGGGAGGAUUUUAUGAAGUGGAAAACAAUGGUAAACUAUCCCAGUUGGUAUACCAUCACCCGAAAUACCAACCCAUACUACAAACACAAAGCCAAACCUCUUCCUCCGGUGAACCAACUAGCCACGACUUCCCUUUUCAACAACGUUUCUUGUGUCCUCUUCCACGAACUUUAAGAAAACCCUCUGAUCCUCUCACUUAUCCGAUUUGUUAUUCUCCCGAAUAUGUCGGCUCUACAAUAAGCAGUGAUGAUCCGUAUGAAGACCAUUCAAUAAUGCCUUUGUUUGGGUGCAACAAUAAAGAAUUUGAUGCUGAUGGUGGGUGUGACAUAUGCAGCGGCUCAAAUCUUGGUACAGAAUAUUAUUUAUGUGUCAUAUGUGAUAAAUCUUUCCACAAAGAAUGCGUAAAGUCUCCACUCCAUAUCAAACACCCUUAUCAUCCCGAGCAUUAUCUUCGGCUUUACUAUCGUCAUCCCAAUGCUGCCAUUAUAGAGUGUUUUUGUUGUGGAAGAAUAGCAAAAGAUUUGGUAUAUUAUUGUAUCAUAUGUGAUGUUGUAAUGCAUACAAUCUGUGUGAUGAAGUCGAUACCCUUCGUUGUAGACCAACCGAAACGUCAUGACCAUCCCCUCACUCUUUUUCCCGAACAGGCGCUCUUAACUUGCAACAUUUGUGGUAUAAUCAGAAAAAACUAUCCCACAUACGUUUGUCUCAGAUGCAGAUUUGUUGCUCAUAAUGAUUGUAUGUAUUCUCCAUCCAUCAUCAAGAUUUCACGUCACCACCAUCGCAUCUCCUACACUUCUUCUCUCCAAUCCGAAGAAUGGUCUUGUGGAGUUUGUCGUAAAAGUAUUGACGGUGAUUAUGGUGCAUAUACUUGUGACAAAUGUGAUGAUUAUGCUGUUCACGUAAGAUGUUCUCUACGAAAAGAUGUGUGGGAUGGAGUUGAACUCGAAGGUUUAUCGGAAGAAGAUGAUAUAACACAAGAUGUUGGGCCGUUUGAAAUUAUAUCUGAAGGAGUGAUACUUCAUUUUCUUCAUGACCACUAUCUUCAGCUCGAGGUUAGCAUAAUUUGUGAUGAGAACAAGUUUUGCCAAGUGUGUGUUAUGCCUAUCUUUGAAGUUAACUUCUAUUCUUGUAUGGAGUGUGAAUUCAUCCUCCAUGAAACAUGCGCAAAAUCUCCCCGCAGAAUACAACAUGUGUUACAUCCUCAUCCACUUAAAUUGAUCCGAAUGAGUAGUAGUAUAUAUGAUAAGGAGAACUUCUUGUGCGAUGCUUGUUAUCGUUAUUGUGGCGACUUUAUGUAUUGUUGUCCCAUAGUGGAAUGCGAGUUUGGUGUAGAUGUACGGUGUGCUGCAAUAUCUGAGCCAUUUGAUUUUCAAGGUCAUGAACAUCCCUUGUUCCUAGCUUUACACCCAGACGUCAAGCCAAUAUGUGAGGUUUGUAAAUCAGAAUGUUAUAAACAAUUUAAUUGCAUCAAAUGCGAUUUUAUUGUUUGUAUCAAGUGUGCUACCUUACCAUACAAAGCAAGGUAUAAGCACGACGAACACUUUCUUAAACUUUUAUGGGGGAAAGAGGUGUGUGAAAAAGAUUGGUGUGAAGUCUGCGAGCGUAAUUUGAGAGACACAAACACAAAAUCCUUCUAUUGGUGCAACGUUUGCUGCACUACUCUUCACACUGCCUGCUUGUUUGAUGAUGAACUUUAUCUGAAACCUGGUCAAAUCUGGAAUGUAUAUGGGAAGGAGUUAAAACAGGUCAAAGUUGUUGCCAGAAGAAAUCUUUCUCGACCACUUUGUGAUUCUUGUAAGUACCCUUGCCAAGGCAGACUAUUUACGAUAGACAACCUCACAACAUGUUCUAUGAAAUGUGCUCGUGAUAUUAUAUAAAUUUAUCUUUCAAUCGAUAUAUCAAUGUUAUUUUGUAUUUUUGUUUUCUUUUGUUAUUAAAGAUGUAAUUCGUAUCUUCUGUAAUUCAAAUUUUAGACUUUGUUGUUUUUUAAUUUUCAACAAUGCGAUUUUAUUUUUUAUUUUUGAUUAAUCUCUAUUGACAUAGGGAGGAGAGAUCAGAAAAAGUGAUGAAUGAGUACUCUCCCUUGAUCACAUUUUGUUUCUCUUCUCUCAACCAUAUUUUUCAAUCACCACCCCAGCGAUGGGGAUUAGGAUGGAAGAGAUCAUCGGAUCGCCGAUUAUCUAAACGACGAUCCGAUUCAAUCACCGUCGGCGUCUCCGCUCGGAUCUCCGACUUCGUCAUGUUCUUCUCCAUCCGAUGUGGAGGAUCCUGAAUUAGGGUUCCAGAUUGAUUUAGAUUGGACCGCUGGUAACUCGGAGGAUCAGGUAGCGUUGAGAUUGGAAUCGCAGUUAAUGGUGGCUUUGCCUGCGCCGCAUGAGACAGUUGUUGUCGAAUUGAGGGGAAUUG